AUGGCCGAUUCCGAACUCGAGCAGAUCCGGCAGGCUCGUCUCGCCCAGCUCAGGGCGCAGGGCGCCGGCGCCGGUAUUGGCCCCGGCAGCGUCGACGAUGAACCCCAAAAGCAAAAGCAGCAGCAGAUGGAGGCCCGGCAGCACAUGCUCAGCCAGAUCCUGCACCCCGAGGCGGCCGACCGACUGGGCCGCAUCCGGCUCGUCAAGGAGAAGCGGGCCACGGAGAUUGAGGACCGGCUCAUCUCGCUUGCGCAGAGGGGCCAGCUGCGGCAGAAGGUGACGGAGGCGCAGCUCAAGGAGCUGCUCAACGCCGAGUCGAACGGCAAGGGCGCCGAGAAGAUUGUCGUGAGCAGGCGCAAGGGCUGGGACGAGGAUGACGACCUGAUCGGCCUGUAA